GGGGGAGUAUAUAGAGGAACACAGGGGUCUGUACAAGGACGUGAUGAUGGAGAAUCACCGGCCCCUCACAUCACUGGAUGGACCCAGUAACAGAGAUACCCCAGAGAGAUGUCCCCGUCCUCUGUAUUCCCAGGAUUGUAUAGAGGGGAAUCACAGUAUCCCACAGGAUGAUCAGGGUGAGCAAUUUUCUGAUAUGACGGCUAAAGAUAAAGAGAGAGAAGAGAUGUAUGUGACUGAUAUGAAGACAGAAGAUAUAGAGGGAGAGGAAGAGACAUAUGUGACUGAUAUGAAGGCAGAAGAUAUAGAGGCAGAAGAAGAGACGUAUGUUACUGAUAUGAAGGCAGAAGAUAUAGAUGGAGAAGAAGAGACGUAUGUGACUGAUAUGAAGGCAGAAGCUAUAGAGGGAGAAGAAGAGACGUAUGUGACUGAUAUGAAGGCAGAAGAUAUAGAGGGAGAAGAGACGUAUGUGACUGAUAUGAAGGUAGAAGAUGUAGAGGGAGAAGAUGAGAUGUAUGUGACUGAUAUGAAGGCAGAAGAUAUAGAGGGAGAAGAGACGUAUGUGACUGAUAUGAAGGUAGAAGAUAUAGAGGGAGAAGAAGAGACGUAUGUGACUGAUAUGAAGGCAGAAGAUAUAGAGGGAGAAGAGACGUAUGUGACUGGUAUGAAGGCAGAAGAUAUAGAGGGAGAAGAAGAGACGUAUGUGACUGAUAUGAAGGCAGAAGAUAUAGAGGGAGAACAAGAGACGUAUGUGACUGAUAUGAAGGCAGAAGAUACAGAGGAAGAAGAAGAGACGUAUGUGACUGAUAUGAAGGCAGAAGAUAUAGAGGGAGAAGAAGAGACGUAUGUGACUGAUAUGAAGGCAGAAGAUACAGAGGGAGAAGAAGAGACGUAUGUGACUGAUAUGAAGGCAGAAGAUAUAGAGGGAGAAGAAGAGACGUAUGUUACUGAUAUGAAGAAAGAAGAUAUAGAGGGAGAAGAAGAGACGUAUGUGACUGAUAUGAAGGCAGAAGAUAUAGAGGGAGAACAAGAGACGUAUGUGACUGAUAUGAAGGCAGAAGAUACAGAGGAAGAAGAAGAGACGUAUGUGACUGAUAUGAAGGCAGAAGAUAUAGAGGGAGAAGAAGAGACGUAUGUGACUGAUAUGAAGGCAGAAGAUACAGAGGGAGAAGAAGAGACGUAUGUGACUGAUAUGAAGGCAGAAGAUAUAGAGGGAGAAGAAGAGACGUAUGUUACUGAUAUGAAGAAAGAAGAUAUAGAGGGAGAAGAAGAGACGUAUGUGACUGAUAUGAAGGCAGAAGAUAUAGAGGGAGAAGAAGAGACAUAUGUGACUGAUAUGAAGGCAGAAGAUACAGAAGAAGAAGAGACGUAUGUGACUGAUAGGAAGGUGGAAGAUACAGAGGCAGAAGAGACCUAUGUGGGAGGUGAUCAGCCAUGUAAGGAGGAGGAAAUCCCUACAGAUAUCAGCACAGCAGAUGGAGGCACAAGCAGGAAUUCCUUGGAGGGAGAUCUCAUCUUGUCUGCAAAUAUUAAAAUAGAAGAUAACAUCACACAGGAUUCUCCAGGAGACAUCCCCAUUAAUCUAACUAUACAUCCAGUACCUCACAGUGAUGGUACUUCAUCUGAUCCCUCUAAUCGCUAUGAUUGUUCUUUUUAUUCCUCAGAUUUUGUUACACAUCGUGCAGCUCAUACUCGUGAUAAAAUAUUUGCAUGCUCUGAGUGUGAGAAAUGUUUUGCACUCAAAUCACAGCUUAUUGUACAUCAGAGACGUCACACAGGUGAGAAACCAUUUUCAUGCUCUGAGUGUGGGAAAUGUUUUGUAAUCAAACCACAACUUGUUACACAUCAAAAAAGUCACACAGGUGAGAAACCAUUUCCAUGCUCUGAGUGUGGGAAAUGUUUUGCACUUAAAUCACAACUUGUUAUACAUAUGAGACGUCACACAGGUGAGAAACCAUUUUCAUGCUCCGAGUGUGGGAAAUGUUUUGUAUUGAAAUCACAACUUGUUAUACAUCAGAGAGGUCACACAGAUGAGAGACCAUUUCCAUGCUCUGAGUGUCGGAAAUGUUUUGCAGUCAAAUCACAACUUGUUAGACAUCAGAGAUGUCACACAGAUGAGAGACCAUUUCCAUGCUCUGAGUGUAGGAAAUGUUUUAAACUCAAAUCACAACUUGUUAUUCAUCAGAGAAGUCACACAGGUGAGAAACCAUUUCCAUGUUCUGAGUGUGGGAAAUGUUUUACACACACAUCUCAACUUUUUAGACAUCAGAGCAGUCACACAGGUGAGAAACCAUUUCCAUGCUCUCAAUGUGGGAAAUGUUUUCUACUCAAGUCAGAACUUCUUAGACAUCAGAGAAGUCACACAGGUGAGAAACCAUUUCUUUGUUCUGAAUGUGGGAAAUGUUUUGCACACAAAGCUAAACUUGUUAAACAUCAAAGUAGUCACACAGGUGAGAGACAAUUUCCAUGUACUAAGUGUGGGAAAUGUUUUGCACUCAAAUCACAACUUGUUGGUCAUCGGAGAUGUCACACAGGUGAGAGACAAUUUCCAUGUUCUGAGUGUGGGAAAUGUUUUGCACUCAAAUCGCAACUUGUUACACAUCAAUGUAGUCACACAGGUGAGAAACCAUUUCCAUGUUCUGAGUGUGAGAAUUGGUUUCUGUAUAAAUCAGAUCUUGUUUGUCAUCAGAGAAGUCACACAGGUGAGAGGCCAUUUCUAUGCUCUGAGUGUGGGAAAUGUUUUGCGCUCAAAUCACAACUUGUUAGUCAUCGGGGAUGUCACACAGGUGAGAGACAAUUUCCAUGUUCUGAGUGUGGGAAAUGUUUUGCACGCAAAUCGCAACUUGUUACACAUCAAUGUAGUCACACAGGUGAGAAACCCUUUCCAUGUUCUGAGUGUGAGAAAUGGUUUCUGUAUAAAUCAGAUCUUGUUUGUCAUCAGAGAAGUCACACACGUGAGAAACCAUUUCCAUGCUCAGAGUGUGGGAAAUGUUUUGCAGGCAAAUCGUAUCUAGUUAAACAUCAGAAAUCACACAGGUAUAAAGCAUUACUAUGAGCUGAUAUAAAACAGGGUUUGUUACAACACUCCAUGUACACAGUGACACUUUAAGUUACCUAUCUGCAGAUAAUUGGAAUGCGUGUCAUUAAUAUAAGAGUGCAAAAGAUCUCUCAGGUGAAAUUUACAGUAUUUAUUUUUUACAGUAGAUAUCGGCACCUCUCUCCACAUUAAUACCAGACCAUAGGCCCUCAUUCCGAGUCGUUCGCUCGGUAUUUUUCAUCGCAUCGCAGUGAAAAUCCGCUUAGUACGCAUGCGCAAUAUUCGCACUGCGACUGCGCCAAGUAUUUUUACAAUGAAGUUAGUAUUUUUACUCACGGCUUUUUCAUCGCUCCGGCGAUCGUAGUGUGAUUGACAGGAAAUGGGUGUUACUGGGCGGAAACACAGCGUUUUAGGGGCGUGUGGAUAAAAACGCUACCGUUUCCGGAAAAAACGCAGGAGUGGCCGGAGAAACGGGGGAGUGUCUGGGCGAACGCUGGGUGUGUUUGUGACGUCAAACCAGGAACAACAAGCACUGAACUGAUCGCAGAUGCCGAGUAAGUCAGAUGCUACUCUGAAACUGCUAAGUAGUUUGUAAUCGCAAUAUUGCGAAUACAUCGUUCGCAAUUUUAAGAAGCUAAGAUUCACUCCUAGUUGGCGGCGGCUUAGCGUGUGUAACUCUGCUAAAAUCGCCUUGCGACCGAUCAACUCGGAAUGAGGGCCAUAGUGUUAUAUAAGCGUCUACAUUUUAUGGAUUUCAGUUAGACACGUAAAAGGUAAAAUCAGUAUAAUUUUAUUUUUUUAAACACAGUUUUGAGAAGAAGGUAAGAGAUACAGACAUAGGCAGCCAUAACCAUAUUGAGACAUUGACACAAUCCAACAAUUGAGGGCAUGACAAAUGUCAUUAGGAAAACCAUUGUUGCUCCUAAAUGGUAAAAGGAAAGCUACCAAUCCCAACUUCUUAAAAUGCUGUGGUUUUCUACAAUACAAUUGCAAUAUCUAUGUUUAAACAUAUCAAUGACAAAAAUAAAAUAAGUGGAAGAAGAAGAAUGCAGGGAACAGACAAUCCAGAAUAGAGGAGGAGAAGAGAAAGAAGAGGCAGAGAAGAGAAAAGGGAGAAAUAAGAGGAAAAAGAAAGCAUAGGGCACCACCAUCUGUCCUGUGUAUUAACAAUUUUUUAUAACAUUCAAUAUGGUAUCUGUGAAUGUAUAUUAUUCAUUUGACAAUAAAGUUUAAGACAAA